AUGGGCUUCCCUAUUCCCACAGACAAGAUCGAACGUCGCCACUACAUCAAUGGCGAGUUCUGCGAGUCCUCUGACAAGGGGACUUUCGAGCUCAAGUCGCCCUACACCCACGAGAAGAUCGUCGAUGUCUGCGAGGCUUCAGUUGACGAUACGAACCGAGCUGUUGCAGCUGCCAAGGCUGCGUUUCCAGCAUGGGCAGCAAAGAGUCCCGAAGAACGUGGAGCGUUGUUGAAGCAACUCGCUGCUAAGCUCAAGGAGCUUCAUGGCGAGCUUGCACAGUUGAACGCCAUGGAUAUGGGUCGACCAGUCUCGACAUACUUCGAUGGAUUCUUCGCAGCCAGCCUGUUCGAGCACUACGCAGAGGCUGGAUAUGAGGCGAGGGGAACGACGAGCUUGAACACCCCAGGCUUCGUCAACAUGACCUUCCGCCAGCCAAUUGGCCCUGUCGCAGCCAUCAUCCCCUGGAACAUCCCUACGAUUUCGUUUGCAAUGAAGAUUGGCCCAGCUCUCGCGGCUGGCUGUACGAUCGUUCUGAAGACGUCGGAGAAAGCACCCCUAACACCAGCCCGCCUCGCCCACGCCGUGCACGAGAUCGGCUUCCCCCCAGGCGUCGUAAACAUCCUCUCCGGCCACGGCACGCCUUCAGGCGCCACCCUCGCCUCCCACAUGGACAUCCGCCUCGUAAACUUCACCGGCUCGACCUUCACCGGCCGCAAAAUCCAAGCCGCCGCCGCCAGCAGCAACCUCAAAAAAGUCGUCCUCGAACUCGGCGGCAAAUCCCCCGCCAUCGUCUUCGAAGACGCCGACAUCCCCAAAGCCGCGCAAGCCACCUCCACCUCCCUCCAGAUCCUCAUGGGACAAGCCUGUAUCGCCAACAGUCGGAUCUACGUGCAAGAGUCCGUGGCGGAGAAGUUCAAGAAGGCCUUCGUGGAGAUCUUCUCCACGCAGAAGAAGGGCGAUCCUCUCGACCCGGCCACCCAGCAGGGCCCGCAAGCCGAUGGCCUCCAACACGAACGCAUCAAAUCCUUCCUCGACGCCGCCUCGCAAGGCGCCGGGAAACUCGAGUCCGGCGGCAAGCCCUCCCAAGUCGACGGCAAGGGCUUCUUCAUCGAACCUACCAUCUACUCCAACGUCUCCGAGGACGAGAAGACGCAAAAGGAAGAAGUCUUCGGCCCGUUCGUCAACAUCAACACGUUCAAGACCGAGGAGGAAGCGCUCGAAAAAGCCAACGCCACCGAGUAUGGACUCUACGCGUCGGUGUUCACCAAAGAUAUCAACCGGGCGCUGAGGGUCGCCAAGGCGUAUGAGAGCGGGACGGUGGGGAUCAAUUGCACGAGUCCGAGUAUGGCGCAUGAUAUGCCGUUUGGCGGGUACAAGGGGAGUGGACAGGGCCGGGAGGGGUAUGGGUAUAGUGUCGAGGAGCAUUUGGAGCAUAAGAGUGUGUUGAUCAAGAUUGAGGAUGAUGCGAAGACUGCGAUUGGGUAA